AUGGCUGCUAACGCGCGAUACGAGCGCGCCCCGACGCGGGACUCUUUUGAGGACCAGGAAUACACCCAAGCACCUCCGUCUUACCAGGCUACAGCAGUUCCAGACGAGCCACGCAGUGAGAAUGACAACUUGCCCGAUGACUUCAAAUUCGGCGGCACUGUUGCGGAGGGAACCAUCGAGAUUCGGAUGCAGUUCGUCCGCAAAGUGUACUCGAUUCUCACCGUCCAAAUCCUCCUCACAACCAUCAUGAGCUCCAUCUCCUUCUUCAACGCCACCUACCGCACCUGGAUCCAAUCCAACUUCUGGCUGAUGAUAAUCUCCGUCUUCGGCGCCCUCGGCUUCAUGCUGGCAACAUACUGGAAGCGCAAAUCCUACCCAACAAACCUCCUCUUUCUCUCAGGCUUCACCCUCAUGGAAGCCUACGCCGUCAGCGUAGCAACAUCCUUCUACGAAGUCCAAGUCGUCGUGCAAGCACUCGUCCUCACCCUCGGCAUCUUCGUCGCCCUCACCCUCUUCGCUUGCCAGACCAAGUACGACUUCACCGACUGGAUGCCGUACCUCUUCGGCGCACUGUGGUUCAUGAUUCUCUUCGGCUUCGUCGCGGCCUUCAUUCCGUUCAACAGCACCCUUGAGAUCGUGUACGGUGUCCUGGGCGCGCUGAUCUUCUCCGGCUACAUCCUUGUCGAUACCCAGCUGGUUAUGCGCCACUACCAUGUUGAGGAGGAGAUUGCUGCCGCUAUCUCGCUGUACCUUGAUGUGCUGAACUUGUUCAUGUCCAUUCUGCGUAUCCUGAAUGGCUCCAAUAACAACUAA